CCGCUAUAUAAACCUGGCUGUACGGGGUACCGUCACACUUCUGCACUCUGCAAACUGACUCGUCUGCUUCACAGCUCUCCCCAGCCAACAACCGACAUGAAGCUGCUGCUCGUUGCCGUCGCUCUCAUCGCCGUUGUCGCCGCACGCCCCCAGAAGCCUGGUGAGGCCGUCAUCCUAGAGCAGAGCAUUGACAACGAUGGACUCGGCCAGUACACCUUUGGGUUCAAGACGAGCGACGGGCUGAUCCGGCAGGAGCAGGGAGUGGUGAAGAACCAGGGCACGGAGAACGAGGCGCUAGAGGUGCGCGGCACCAUCACGUGGAAGGGCGCCGACGGCAAGGACUACAGCAUCAACUUCGUCGCCGACGAGAACGGCUUCCAGCCGCAGUACACGCAGUAGGUGCUCACACCCUCCAGGCCGCCAGACUGACCCGCCCACGACGACCGGCACCGCGGCGCUGGGGUGCGUGGCGGGCUGAGCGGGCGGAAGCCGCGGGGAGCUGCCGACAGAGUUCCUUCCAUCUCGCACGACGAGGGGCUGCCAGCAAUCUCAUCUAACGCUCCAUCUUCUUUCCUCUCUUCUACCCUAAACUGUACAUAAUUGUUCAAAGUGUCAAUAAAAGUGAUUAUCAGUUAAA